GGCGGCCGAAAGCCGGUGAAUGUUUCAGGGAACCAGCCGGGGGCUUCCUGCGGCUCCGGAAAACCUAUAUUUGGGACUUCAGAUCUUGAAUUGAUGAACACGAUUCACGAAAACCUAAUGUCAUGGUGUCACCAACUAUUAGUAGAACAACUAAUGGGUUGCCAGUUAUUACCACGGCUUGGGACUAGGGAAGUGAGGAAGUCUUGCUGUGAUUGUACAGGGGAUAUGCUCACAAUGAACCAACUCAAGAAGGCCGAUGGAUGAAAGUGGCAAUUACAGCUAUUUUAGAAGAGGAGAGAGAAACAGACAGAAACACGCUGACCAAGGGACAGAGAACAACAGAAGAAUAUUUGGAUUUCCAACAGGCAUCAGUUCAGGUUAUAAGGAGAAGAUUCACAGAAAGUAAAUUUCACAUCAGGAUCUGAAAGAUUCACUGGAUUCAGCAUAACUUACACAUCAUUGGCCUUUGAAUGUAAAAGGAGAAGUUGUGUUUGAGGAAGAAGAUUUCAACAUCUGUGUGACUGGAAACAGAUCGAGAACAUCACCCACACCUGCCCAAAUGGUGUGUUCCAGUCUCCUGACUUUGUAAAGAACUUUAACCAGUGAUUCAGCCUGAAAAAAAUCCCCCAUUCCCAGUGAGGAGAAACCAUUGAUUGUCCAAACUGGGGACACAAGGAUAUCAUGGAUAAACCAUGGAAAUGUGAGGACUGUGGGAAAGCAUUCAAUUAUCCAUCGCGGCUGGAACGUCAUCGACGCAGUCACAUUGGGGAUGAUACCAUGGAGAAACCGUGGAAAUGUGAGGAUUGUGGGAAAGGAUUCUAUUAUCCAUACCAGCUGGAAAACCAUCGCCACAGUCACUCAGGGGAGAAGCCAUUUAUCUGUUCAGAGUGUGGUAAGGGAUUCACUGUGUCCUCCCAGCUGCUGUUACAUCGUCGGGUUCACACUGAAGAGAGACCUUUCAGCUGCACUCACUGUGGAAAGAGGUUUUCGUGUUCGUCUAACCUCAUUGUGCACCAGCGAGUGCACACUGGGGAGAAACCAUUCAGCUGCUCAGAGUGUGGGAAAGGAUUCACUCAGUUGUCGGGCCUCCAGUCACACCAGCGAACUCACACUGGGGAGAGGCCAUUCACCUGCUCUUUGUGUGGGAAGUCAUUUGCUUUGUCGUCGAAUCUGCUGUCACAUCAGAGAGUUCAUACUGAGGAGAGGCCAUUCACCUGCACUUCCUGUGGGAAAAGGUUCAGAUCUUCAUCCAAUCUCAGUGCACACCAGCGAGUUCACACUGGAGAGAGGCCUUUCACCUGCACAGUGUGUGGGAAGGAACUAACAAACUCAUCCAGCCUUCGGUCACAUCAGCGAAUUCACAGCGAGGAGAAGCCAUUCAGCUGCACUCACUGUGGAAAGACAUUCAGGCAGUCAUCCACCCUCACUGCACACCAACGCACUCACACUGGGGAGAGACCAUUCACCUGCCCCAAGUGUGGGAAGGGAUUCACUCAGUCUGGCAGCCUGCAUUUACAUGAACUCUCUCAUACUGGAGAGAAGCCGUUCCCUUGCUCAGUGUGUGGGAAGGGAUACACUCGGUCAUCUCAUCUACUGACACAUCAGCGAAUUCACACGUUAGUGCAGCAUUUGGAUUCUGCUGUUACUACUGCUGUUAAUCACACCCAGGAUUGAUAGGCUGACAAUGUGUGGUUUGUAAACAUCUCCUGUAACUGACUAGUGUUUGAUAUUCUGGAUGUGUCGUUGUCUUUCAGUGCUGCAGGAUCUCUGAUUAAAACACUGUCUGUGAUCUUUCCCUGAUUACACUGCUGUUCUGAACUUCUGCUUUAGUUGAUCUUUUGUGCAAGAUCUACAAUUCAAUCUCUGAUAUGUUCUAUGAAUAAACAUCUCCAAUGGGGAAGUGCUGAUUAAUUCCUGUUGGCAAUUGUUGCACCACUAGGAAUGAACCAAGACCGUCAUGUCUACUGCAGGAAGAUACAGUGCAAAUAACACUGGGUCAAUCAGAGCAAAGAAAUCCAAACUGCGGUCACUGAUUGAAAUCUAUGUGCUGUGUGUGAUGCGAUCGAGAAAGAACUUGGUACAACCAUCACUUCUGCCUGAAAUUGGCAGAUGGUGAAAUACACAGGAAAGGAAAUAACCAGAUGCUGCACUGGGUUGACUGUUACUCUGAGCUUUACUCUUGUGAGACAGAUAUUCCCCCGGUCUUCAUUUGAUACUUCCCUGCAGUUUCCUGUCAUGAUUGAGUUAAAAGCAUUUUCCUCCUCAACUGACCUGGAAAAGAUACUUGCAUACCUGCUGAGUUUCUGCAGAAAUGAAUAGACACAGAGAAAUUUUUCAAUAAAACAAAGCGCUAUGGAUACUGAAAAUCUGAAACAGGAACAAGAAUUGCUGUAGAAAUUGGGAGCUUUGAAGAAGAGUCACUGGACCCAAAAGAUUAAUUCUGAUUUCACUCUACAGUUGCUGCCAGCUGAGACAUGUAAAACAAGGCUUUCUCCAGCAUGUUCUGUUUUUGAACAAGUUUCGAAAAUGCAUGUCUAAGCUGUUCAAACACCCCGUACAACAUGGGAGUGCUACACAUUGGGAAAUAACUGGUGGCAGCACUGGCACUGAAGAGCUGUUAAUCAUGGUCAGUGAGAGAAACAGAAGGAAACACAUUUGCUUUAAACAGAAGAUGGCAGUGCUAAGAAUGCAGAACUUGGAGCUGUGGAGGAACCCUCAGAAAAAUGAGAAUAUGGAAAUGGAAAUUUUCCCACAUCAGAAACCAGAGUACAGGGGUAAUGGGAGAAUGGAUCUUGGUGUGAAUUGGGGAUAGGCAGCAGAAUUGAAUUGCAGAUAUUGCAGCUCAAACUAGGCAUUUGUGUGGUGCUGUAGACCACAGCAGCAGCAGAAGCAGAUUUGUAUUCAACUACAAUGUGUUACUUGUUGCCCUGGACAAUCCCUUGGUCUCCCAUUACUAUCAAGCUGUUCAGUGUUCAGUGAUGAGUGUGUACCUAAAACUAAUGACAAUCCAUUAAA